CAGUAGCAGAAUUGGCCAACCGCCAGCGUGCAUCACGGUCCAGGCCACAGAGUCUGCAGCUGCAAUAAUGUCCAUAUUGUGUCUGCAUGCAUAUCCACAGUCUUUACUAACUCCGUAGCUGCAUUCCCAGAGGAAAAACAACCUUUAAGCAAUUACUGCUUUUGCAAGCUGCAACAUAAGGUGAAGAAGCCCUAAUGUGGCAGCCAACAGACUGAGAGGAAUGGCAGGAGAAACAGAGGGGUCUGACUAGGCUGGCUGUCUGUUGGAGGUUCACAGUGUGGAAAUAAUGUCGUACAGCAACAGAGAGCUAGUGGAGUUCUUUAUAAGCUACAAGCUUUCUCAGAGGAACCACCCAACCUCUCUGCUGAGGCCAGAGGAUGCUGGUGGAAGGACUGAGGGAGAUAAGACCAACUCAGCUGCCAGUAACGGCUUGCUGGUCAACAGCAGGGACAGGUGUGGUCAGCAGGGGGCGCCAUCGCCCCUGCGUGGUGGCAUAGAGGCUGUAAAGGCAGCUCUUAGGGACUCUGCUGACGAGUUUGAACUGCUCUUCACCCAAGCGUUCAGUGACCUUUCCUCGCAGCUUGACAUCACUCCUGACACAGCCUACCACAGCUUUAAGAGUGUGAUGGAUGAGGUGUUCAAGGAUGGUGUCAACUGGGGACGUAUAGUGGGUCUGUUUGCCUUUGGGGGUGUACUGUGUGUGGAAUGUGUCGAGAAGAAUAUGAGUGAGCUGGUUUCCCGCAUUGCAGACUGGAUGACCAUGUACCUGGAUGAGCGCAUCAGUCCGUGGAUUCAGAGCCAAGGAGGCUGGGACUGCUUUGCUGAGAUUUUUGGGCAAGACGCAGCUGCAGAAGCGAGGAGAUCUCGGGAGACUAUGAGGAGAUGGCUGCUAGUUGGAGUGGCGCUGCUAACAGGAGUGCUGGUCGGUGUCCUCGUCGCUAAGAAACAGUGAAGGUGCUGCAUCUUGUUCACCGUGGCACACCCUGCGUAACGCUACGCCAACCACAAAUAUGACUAAAUAGUUAAUGUUUACAAAAAGCCCAGUCUGCUUGUGCACUGACAGAAUGUGGAUUGGCUAAAGCAGUUUGUGGGGGAGUAUCCAUAAUAUGUAGCUUGGUGAGCCGUUAUACUUCUCACCCCGCUUUGUCCUGUGUCUUUUAUUUUUUGAACACACAGCAUUGCUUUUCAGUUGUUAAAGGCUGUUAACUUGCCAGACUGGAAGUGCUUUAAAUGAACCUGAUAAGCUACGAAACAUUGAAAAAGAUUGAGGUGGUUUUAAUGAGAAAGCUUGUUUUUUAUUUUUAUUUUUUUCAUUGUGUGUUAUCCAAGGACCAAUUUUUAUUACUUACAAACUGACAGCGGACAGAAGAUAUAAGUUAUAUUUCCUUCUCACUGUGUAAUGCUCAGCUCCUUUUGUUGGCUGUACUGGAGUUUAAGGCAUGCUUCAAAAAAUAAAUAUAUUUAUGUUU